GAAGCCAAAAAGGGAGAGAGAAAACAGUCUUUUUUGAAAAGGAAACUGAAAGAAAGAGGGCAAGACUAUUUAAGAGCUGGAGCUGCACUGGGCAGUCUCAGCUCCUCAGCUCCUGGGCGUGACCACUGGCCACUUCUGCAGUGUCUCCUGCCCCCUGCCUUGUCUGGACCACCGAGCAAAUCUGCCAGCACCCCAACCAGCUGUGAACGUUGUCCCAGACGAGGCAGACAUGCCCAACAGCGAGCAGGGCUGUGGGUCCCCCCUGGAGCUGUUCCACAGGAUCGCUGCUCAGGGGGAGCUCGUAAGGGGCCUCAAAGCCAGAAACGCAGCCAAGGAUGAAAUUGACUCGGCAGUGAAGAUGUUGUUAUCCCUAAAAACGAGCUACAAAGCUGCCACAGGGGAGGAUUACAACGUGGACUGUCCUCCGGGGGACCCAGCACCCGAGAGUGGUGAGGGCCUGGCUGCCACUGACGCAGAUGAGGACUUUGUGGACCCCUGGACAGUGCAGACAAGCAGUGCCAAAGGCAUUGACUACGACAAGCUCAUUGUUCGAUUCGGAAGCAGUAAAAUUGACAAGGAGCUGGUAAACCGAAUAGAAAGAGUCACGGGCCAGAGACCACACCGCUUCCUGCGCAGGGGAAUCUUCUUCUCACACAGAGACAUGCAUCAGGUUCUGGAUGCCUAUGAAAACAAGAAGCCAUUCUAUCUGUACACGGGCAGGGGCCCCUCUUCCGAAGCUAUGCACGUGGGUCACCUCAUCCCAUUCAUCUUCACCAAGUGGCUGCAGGAUGUGUUCAACGUGCCCUUGGUCAUCCAAAUGACCGAUGACGAGAAGUACCUGUGGAAGGACCUGACCCUGGAGCAGGCCUAUGGCUACGCCGUGGAGAAUGCCAAGGACAUCAUUGCGUGUGGCUUUGACAUCAAGAAGACGUUCAUCUUCUCUGACCUUGACUACAUGGGGAUGAGCCCAGGCUUCUACAAGAACGUGGUGAAGAUCCAGAAGCACGUCACCUUCAACCAAGUGAAAGGCAUUUUCGGCUUCACCGACAGCGACUGCAUUGGGAAGAUCAGUUUUCCUGCCAUCCAGGCCGCUCCCUCCUUCAGCAACUCAUUCCCUCAGAUCUUCCGAGACCGGACGGACGUCCAGUGCCUCAUCCCGUGUGCCAUCGACCAGGACCCGUACUUCAGGAUGACCAGGGAUGUGGCCCCCAGGAUCGGCUACCCCAAGCCAGCCCUCUUGCACUCGACCUUCUUCCCUGCCCUGCAGGGGGCCCAGACCAAGAUGAGUGCCAGCGACCCCAACUCCUCCAUCUUCCUCACGGACACGGCCAAGCAGAUCAAGACCAAGGUCAACAAGCACGCCUUCUCCGGAGGCAGGGACACCGUUGAGGAGCACCGGCAAUUUGGGGGCAACUGUGAUGUGGACGUGUCCUUCAUGUACCUGACCUUCUUCCUGGAGGAUGACGACAAGCUGGAGCAGAUCAGGAAGGACUACACGAGCGGGGCCAUGCUCACCGGCGAGCUCAAGCAGGAGCUCAUCGAAGUCCUGCAGCCCUUGAUCGCCGAGCACCAGGCCCGGCGCAAGGAGGUCACCGAUGAGAUCGUGAAAGAGUUCAUGACCCCCCGGAAGCUGUUCUACGACUUUCAGUAACGCCCCCUUCUCUGUGCUCCCUUCUCUGUGCUCCCUCGGAGAUGUGAUUCACCCGCAAUCCCAGCUCAGUCGAAUCAGCACUCCCCCUAGGCUCUAUCAAAUGGUAAUUACGGGCCUGGGUCUGUAAAUUCUAUUUGUCUCAACGAUGUUUCUUCCCCUGAAUGUCAUUCCAUCCCCUGUGGGUAAUUGGGUGCCGGGUAAUAUCGUGUGGUCACACAGACAAGUCCAGCUGGAGUUCUCCCACAAAGCAGCGCCUUGGGCUGGAUGUCCACCGAGCAGCCUGUUCUGGUCCACAGGACAGCGCCCUGUUGGAAAGCAUCCUGCGUCCAAACCCAUGCUUCCACUUGUUCUAUAAAGGAAUAUACAGUCUAUGUAUACAUACCUGGAAUCAAUGUGGUGUUGCCAUCAAACUUUUUUUUAAGUGCUUUGAAACGUUAACAUGUAGAAGCUUAAUGGGCACAAGAGGCAUUUCAGCUCAUGCCCCCUUCCCACCUUAGUACUGAAAAGGAAGUGCUGGCCAAAGGCUUUGCUAAACUUAAUUCUGAGAUCUCACAGCUUAAAAGCUACCUUUAACGUUUCUGAGUAUUGGCCAGAGUGGGCCAAUUUUUACUAAAUUGAGUCUUUGUGGGUGAAACUUCCCAGUUUACUUACUAAACUCCAGGCCACGCAUGUACUGUGCUCAAGAAGUGACACUCCUUUCCCUGAGCAAACUAACACUCUGUCCACCGAGUAAUCCUAGACACUCCAUCCUGAGAACCAAUGACUGUUCCAUUCUGACCGAGCCGGAUGCUGAGGCCAGUCUGUUGCUUUGCAGAUCCUUUUGUUUUGACACCUGACUGGCGUGGAGGUCUGUCUGCACAGAGCACGCCCUGCCUGUGUCCCCAGACGGGCGGACGUAGCUAGAUAGCGCCCAGCAGCCCUCAAGGCCUUGGCCAUGUGUCCGUGGGAGGCCUGCUUGAUCAAGCACCCUCUGUAGUUUUGGAAAAGUGAAGACCUAUCUUAGGGAAAGCUCUUGGUCCAAGUAUCUGUCCUUUCUGGAGGCACAGGGUCCAUUCCUGGGCGCCCUACUCUGGUCUCUCAUGACAAUAAACUUCCUCUGGUCCCACCCA